AUGCCAAGUUGUGAACUCGGGGUUCACCGUCGUCGGAGAAGAUUCAGGGUGCUGCAGCGGACACGGAAUCGACCCAUCGAUGUACCCUUCAAGACCAUUGGAAAUCACGAUAUUUUGCAUCUGCAUUCUCCACACAAGGUAAUUGGUAUCAUCAAGUUUGACUCAGGGGUAUUCGAAGGUGUGGUUUCUCCCUGUGACUAUGGGGUAGACCCUGUACUAAGGGUUGAUGCCAUUGGAGCCGUUUAUGGCUCUGAUACCAUGUCAGAAGGAAAUGGUGAAAAAGCAAAUACUCCUCCGCCAUCUUCUCGACAAGAAUCAACAUCCGACCAGAAUGACAUCUCCGAUGUUGCUGAGAUGUUGAGCAACGCUCCUCGCUCAAUCAUCGACAAGCUCAACAAAGUAGCAAGACAUCGGCUGAUCAAACAUGCAUUUGUUGCUCUUCCUGCUCUUAGGCCUGAUCCAGUUCUUGGUGUUAGGGUUUAUGCCCAAAAAGAAUUUUACCGUUCCUUACUAGAAAUUUUAGAUUUUAGUAUCACUCAAUCUCAGAAACCCAUUUCCAACUUCACAAAACCCAUUAAAAUCCCAUUCAGUUUCUCCUUGAACCCUCCCAGAAGCUGGCCAAAACUACGCCGUUUCGGGGGGUUGAGUUCCGUUUCAGGAAGCUCGGUUUCGAUGCAAGAAGAAGUGGAAAUUGAGGAGGAGGAAGAAGAAGAAGAUGGCCCAACUGUCGAGCUCUGCUAUCUCGACCCUGAAACGAAUCCCAAUAGCCUUACUGAAUGGGAGCUUGAUUUUUGCUCAAGACCCAUUCUUAAUAUCAGAGGGAAGAAGCUUUGGGAGCUUGUGGUUUGUGAUGAGUCUUUGUCAUUGCAAUAUACUAAGUACUUUCCCAAUAAUGUGAUCAAUAGUAUUACUUUGAAGGAUGCCAUUGAGGGAAUCAGUGAAGAUUUGGGUAUUCCUUUACCUGAUAAAAUACGCUACUUCAGGUCACAAAUGCAGACAAUUAUAACAAAGGCUUGUAAUGAACUUGGUAUAAAACUUGUUCCUAGUAAAAGGGUAUGCAUAGUUCUUUUUGUUUAACUUUACGCUCUCCUAUCACGUUGUUAGAAAUAUAUGGUAAUAUUGCAACUUCAAGAAAAAGAUAGCAUGUAAAGUGGCAAAAUUAAGUUAUAAAAUGAACACAAAGAGCAUGAAGAGAAUGAGUUUUGGUGUGUAGAACUAAGUAGCAAAGAUCUCUUUUUAUAUCUUCCAAGCCUUCAUAAACCCAAAAGAUGUUUUGGGAGUUUCCAUCUUUAAAAUGACUGUCACAACCUAUCAAGUUAGUGCAUAACUCCAAUUUCAGUUCAAACAGCCAACAGGUAUACAGACACAACUAAUCAUAUAUAUAAAGCUGUUAAUUUCAACUUAGCUAACUUGGAGUGAGAUUAGCUAAAUACAUAGUGAACUUGGGAAGCUUUCUUAUUCUACUAUGCUGUCUAGCAUUCUUAUGGUUUGUUUGUUUCAGUGUGUAUCACUGCUGUUAUGGUUGGAUGAAAGAUUUGAGACUAUACAUACUCGUCAUCCUGGUUACUAGAAAGGAGCUAAGCCGCUUCUCGCGUUAGAUAACCCUUUCCCAAUGGAACUUCCGUAUAAUCUUUUUGGGGAUAGAUGGGCUUUUGUCCAAUUAACUUUGUCAGCUGUUCGGGAGGAGAUUUCAUCCUUAGAAUCAAAACUUGUAUUCGGUUCAAGUUUAGAUUUGGAUUUGUUGGGGAUUGAAAUUGAUGACGGCACAUUGAUCCCAGGGUUGGUUGUUUCUUCUUCACGAGCUAAACU